AUGAGUGUGUUCCACACGUUGAAGGAACUCAUCACUCCAAUCAUCCGGAGGCAAAACACCAACUACCGGGACUGUAUCUCCGUGGGGACACGUCUGAUGGUUACGCUGCGAUUUUUGGCAACAGGGGAAAGCUUCAAGAGCCUUUCCUACCAGUUCCGAGUGGGAGUGUCAACGAUACGGCAGUUCGUUCCUGAGACCUGUACAGCCAUCUACGAGGUUUUAAAAGAGAAAUACCUGAAGUGCCCCGACACGGUGGAAGAGUGGCAGCUAGUAGCUGAUGGAUUCCAGGCUCAGUGGGACUUCCCAAACUGCCUAGGUGCCCUGGAUGGGAAACACAUCAACACUCGCCCCCCAUUUUCCAUGGCGCUAAUGGCACUGGUCGACAGCAACUACAAGUUCUUGAAUGUAGAUGUAGGUUGUAACGGGAGGAUUUCAGAUGGUGGUGUGUUUGGUGGAUGCUCACUGCAGGAUGCCCUGGAGAAUAGGACAUCCAACAUCCCUGCACCUGCACCCCCUCCUGCUUCUGACCAGGCGGUUUGUUACUCCAUUGUGGCAGAUGAGGCAUUUCCCCUGAAGGAGUACCUCAUGACGCCCUAUGACCAGGGGCCUCAUUUAUAA